CCUCGCUAGGCCAGUGGUCAAUGUCGUCGAACAGAACGUGGGCGCCUGAGACUUACUUAUUGAUCAGGGUGUCAUCCGGCCCGCCGACAGGUCUGAAACUGGGGAAUCAUCGCAUCCCUCUUUUCUCUCGCCAUCAUGUCCUUUCUCCGGCCUUUACUGCACAUCAGCGCACUGAGUGCUAUGACCUACGGGUGAUGUUCUCGUAUCCUCAAUUUCGUCCGUACUUCUGAUAAAAUCGGCUAGUUAUCACAGGUAUGAGCGUGCUGCCGCGCGAAACUGGAGUGAAUCCAACACGUCUUCAGUCUCCACAAAUUGCCGGUUACAUCCGCCAUCGACAGUCAAUACGGAGGACACUUUCAAUUCCUGACUAUACAAGGGUUGGCUAUUGCAUGGCUUACUAUGGCUGUCAGCUCUCUUGUAGACUUUUUCCCUUCGGCGUCCAGUCUCACGAGUCUGAAGCGCGCCCUGCUUGUGAUCGCUCUCCCCGUCGCUACCAUCGUCUCUGCAAUCUACUGGACUCUGCUGCUCGGCUUUCCGAAUCUCAUUCUGCAAGGAGUGUCAACAGAGGCAUUGGAGCUAUACUACCUUCCCCUGAGCAUCGAUCUAUCGCUUCACGCCGUCCCAUGUGCAUCGAUGCUACUCGACUUCAUGGCCUUUGAACGCAAGUACACCAAGCAGACUGUUCGAUACGGCGCUCCAGUCUUGGCAUCCCUCGCCACGCUGUGGUAUAGUUGGUGGGUCGAGCGCUGUGCGGAGCGGAAUGGGAGCUGUGAGUUCUCUCAAAUCCGUUGUUGGGUACUGAGAGAUCUCCAGUUCCGUACCCAUUCCUCACCAUCAAUUCAUUCGAUGUCCGAAUGGUCAUAUAUGCGGCGGCAGGCGCAUUCGCUUAUUUCUCUUUCUACGCUCUCAACGCAUUACAUUCCAAGUAAAUAGGCUACAUGUAACCCAGAAAUUCAGUCGUAGUACACAUUUCUGUUCCACAAAUAGCAGCCAUGCGUCGGCCGAAAAAUGCCGAAGAAAGUUUGUGACUACUCGCGUUCGUAACCCAAUCUUUCCACAAGCGAUUAUGACCAGCGAACAACCGACUAAACAGAAACUAUGGGGAGGUCGUUUCACUGGAAAAACGGAUCCCUUAAUGCAUGCAUUCAACCAGUCUCUCAAGUACGACCAGCGGAUGCAUGCUGCCGACAUCAAAGGCUCUAUCGCAUACGCAAAAAGCCUUACACUUGUUGGGAUCCUGACGAAGGAGGAAGAAAACAAGAUCGUGCAGGGGCUCAGCACUGUCGGUAAAGAAUGGGAGGAUGGUGUGUUCCAGAUCCAAGCGGACGACGAGGAUAUACACACUGCCAAUGAGCGCCGACUGAGCGAACUCAUCGGUCCUCUAGGCGGCAAGCUACACACCGGACGUUCUCGCAACGAUCAAGUAGCUACUGACAUGCGACUUUGGCUCCUCGAGCAAGUAAAAGACAUCGAGGCGAGUGUGAAGGCCCUACUUCGCGUCAUCGUGGACCGGGCGGAUCAAGAAAAAGAUAUACUUUUGCCGGGGUACACCCACUUGCAGCGGGGACAACCUAUUCGCUGGUCGCAUCUUCUGCUGAGUCAUGCGACCUCUUUCCGCUACGAUCUUGAACGACUGCACCAGUUGGCUCCUCGCAUCUCUGUCUCCCCUCUGGGCUCGGGGGCGCUGGCGGGUAAUCCGUUCGCUGUUGAUCGCGAGUUCCUUGCCAAAGAGCUCGGCUUUGCAUCUAUCGCAGAGAACAGUAUGUGGGGAGUCGGCGAUCGGGACUUCAUUGUCGAAUUUUUAAUGUGGACAAGUCUCACCAUGACCCACAUCAGCCGGAUGGCAGAGGAUCUCAUCAUAUACUCGACCGCUGAAUUCGGAUUUGUGACUUUGAGCGAUGCGUACAGCACCGGAUCCAGCAUCAUGCCGCAGAAGAAGAACCCAGACUCUUUGGAAUUACUGCGCGGAAAGAGUGGACGCGUCUUCGGUAAUAUGGCCGGUUUUGUCAUGACUCUGAAGGGCUUGCCGUCGACAUACAAUAAGGAUCUCCAAGAAGAUAAAGAGCCUCUCUUCGACUCCGUCGACAACGUCACAGCGUCUUUGAAGAUUGCUGAGGGUGUCAUUGCCACGAUGGAGGUCCACUCGGAAAAAAUGCUCCGGGCAUUGACUAUGGAUGUUCUGGCUACAGAUCUUGCGGAUUAUCUUGUGCGCAAAGGAAUCCCUUUCCGCGAAACGCAUCAUAUCUCUGGCAGAGCCGUCGCACUGGCGGAAUCGCGGCAAUGUCAGCUUAAUGAACUGACGUUGACUGAUUUCAAAAGUCUCAACGAGAACUUCACCGACGACAUCGUCAAAGUGUUUGACUUUGAAGCCAGUGUGGAGCGCCGAGAGUCGAUAGGAGGCACCAGUCGAAAGAUGGUCGAAAGGCAGGUCGAGGUUCUUCGGGGCAUCCUCAGCCAAUAGUGUAAUUUGUGUCUGUACCCUGUGCAACUGCUUCCGCAGUUUGUUUCGUGGUUCUUACCAGGUAACCUCAUAUCACACUGGAUACAUUGAUGGCAAAUCACCGGUCACCGGUCGACUGUCAGGCUGUGUUUGAAACAUCGUCGUUCCACUCAACCUCCAUAUUCCGCCCUCCGCGCUGUUCCAGCUCGCGAAUACUAAAGUCGCUCUUCUUUCGUUAAAUCAUUCAGUGAGACAUAUUUCGCCAUGGCUAGAGACAGAUUAGCUGCUAUGAGGGCCCAACAGCAAGGGAACGUCAGCCCGAACUCGUAUCCGACGCAGGCGUCCGGAGGUGGAGGUGGGUAUGGAGGAGGAGGAGGAGCCGGUCGGCGGCCCAACCCCUACGCACAACAGGACGACCGCGCGUACGAGAUGUCUGACGUGAAGGACACCUCUUCGCAGUAUGGCUCUGCGCCCGGUGGCGGGGGUGAUAGCAUGUCGGCUUUUUACACGGAGAUUUCCUCCAUCCAGGACAGCCUUCGCAACUUCAACGACAACGUUUCGCGGAUUGGAGACCUCCAUUCUCGCUCGUUAAACAACACUGAUGAUGCUGCUGCCCAACGCAAUGCCGCCCAGCUCGAAGACCUUGUUGAGGAGACCAGCGCUCUGAGUGCUACCUUGAAGCGCAGAAUCAAAGCCCUGGAAAAGCAGGGAGGUGCUGGCCGCGAUGGUCAGAUUCGGAAACAGCAGACUGCUCUUGUCAAGUCGAAAUUCGUUGAGGCUAUUCAAAGCUAUCAGACUGUUGAGCAACAGUUCCGCAGCAAGUACAAGCAACGGAUGGAGCGGCAGUACAAGAUUGUCAAGCCCGAUGCAUCACCUGAAGAAGUUCGUGCUGUCGUCAACGAUGAGAACGGCGGGCAAAUUUUCAGUCAAGCUUUGAUGAAUUCGAAUCGUUAUGGCGAGUCUCGGGCGGCCUACAAGGAAGUCCAAGAGCGCCACGAAGAUAUCAAGCGGAUAGAGAGAACACUCGGAGAGCUUGCUCAACUAUUCAACGACAUGAGUGUUCUCGUUGAGCAACAGGACGAAACCAUCCAAGUGAUUGAGACGCAAGCGGCAGCCGUUGAGAAAGACACGGAAGUAGGUCUGCAAUACACGGAAAAGGCCGUCGAGUCUGCCCGUGCAGCGCGCAAAAAGCGUUGGAUCUGUUUCUUCAUCAUUCUCGUCAUUCUCAUUAUAAUCGCGGUGGUUGUGGCAAUCAAGGUCAUUCAAAACAACAACGCCGCGAAAAAGACGACUCCGUGAAUAUGCGUUAUGGACUUCAUUGUACAUAUCUAUUUUCGGAACCAUCAUCUUCUACUUAUUUUAUGUUCGAUACCCGCGGUUAAGAUAGCAGUCCAGUCGGCCAUCCUUAAUUCACAAUUGAGAUUUGUUUCAACCCUUG